AUGUUAAAAGACUGUGUCGAAUUUGCCAAAGGAUGCCAAGAGUGUCAGGUACAUGCAGGCAUACAGCAUGUCCAUGCAAGCAAACUACAUUCUAUAGUCAAACCUUGGCCCUUUAGAGGUUGGGCUUUAGAUUUGAUUGGGGAAAUUAAACCACCAUCAUCUAAGAAUCAGAGGUAUAUUUUGGUUAGCAUUGAUUAUUUAAAAAAAUGGAUUGAAGCUAUACUUUUGGCAAAUGUAGGCCAAGAAGAUGUGAUUGAAUUUAUCCAGAAACACAACAUUUAUAGAUUUAGGAUCCCAACGACCGUUACAACGGAUCAAGGAUCACUAUUUACUGGUCGAAAGAUGCAAGAAUUUCCUAAGGAAAUGGGUUUCAAAUUGUUAACGUCUACACCAUAUUGCGCUCAGGCUAAUGGUCAGGUCAAGGCAGCAAACAAGGUGGUAAUUGGUUUGAUAAAAAAACAUGUAGGGAAGAAACCUAGAAAUUGGCACAAAACGUUAGAUCAGAUUUUGUGGGCAUGUCAGGCCUCUCCCAAGGAAGCCACUAAUUCGACCCCAUUUCGACUGGCCUUUGGUCAUGAUGCAGUUUUACCAGUAGAAAUUUACCUACAAUCAACAAGGAUUCAGAGGCAUCAUGAAAUUCCAUCAGAAUCAUAUUGGAACAUGAUGCUAUAUGAGUUAGUCGAUCUAGAUGAAGAGAGACUAAAUGCCUUGGAAUUAUUGCAAAGGCAGAAGAAGAGAGUAGAGAACUCUUAUAAUAAGAAGGUUAAAAUUAAGACAUUUUCUCCUGAAGAUUUAGUUUGGAAAGGUAUCCUUCCAAUGGAUCGAAAGGAUAUGGCCCUAGGUAAAUUGUCUCCCAAAUGGGAAGGCCCUUUUCAAAUUUUGAAAGUUUUCUCUAAUGGUACUUAUGAGAUCGAAGAACUUAGUCGAGACAAUAGAAUAUUAAGAGUGAAUGGAAAAUAUUUGAAAAAAUAUAAGCCAACGCUCUAA